UAUCAAUUACUUAGUAAGCGAACCGUUGCAAAGGUGCCAAUAAAUAUAAAAUUUAAUUUAAAGGUUAAAAAAUGUCGUCACUCAUCGUAACAUACUUCCUUGGUUCUAGAGCCUAGUGCUAUAAAUUCCAAAAUAAUGUUACUAACAUUGAAUUUAAGGUGAGGGUCACCUAGUAAUAUAAGGCAUAUCUUUAUAUCACAAGGUAUUUAGAUCUGUUAGCUCCCUCGGUUCAUUAUUACACUUGGCAAGAGGACAGGUGACCGCAAUAAAAUAAUUAUGAUGUUGCUAGUAUAAUAUAAAUAUCAUAUACUAACAGAUUAAUGACAUUCAUAUUCUAUCUACCUUGUUACGAAACAUUGGUUAUUAAGUAAAAAAAUACACAACAUCAAGAAUUUAAAUUCGUGGCUUCAAAUUGUAUCUUUUCCGAGAAGAGCUCUCCUUUUGUCUCUUAAACCUGAAAGCCGUUGCCUACACAAUGUUGCGCACAUAAUGUUUCAUAUCAAAAUAAAUACGUAGCUAUCGUCGUACGUAUCGCGGGUUCACGUAGCUCGCAGCAGCCCUCCCGUCAAGGCGAGGGAGGCAGCGACAACAAUAGUCAUUCGAGUUGAGUCCGCGCGCGAUCGCGCCCGCCUUCACAUUUCUCCGACAUACUAUAAAACAUUCGGAAACGUAUAUCACUUCAGGCAACUCAACAGUUAUUUAAUAAACUCCAUUCAGUUUCCAACAGAAAUUCUAUUCAUAAUUUUUAUAUUCACAUAAAAGUGUAUUUUUAACUUUUGUUCAAGUGUUUUCAGCAGUGUUUAAUGUACCUACAAAAGUUUAAAUAACAAUCGUCAGCCACAUCGAUGCUUGACUGUAGAAACAAGUGCACAUCGUAGAUGACCGCUGUCGUGGCGAUGAGCACCACCACGUCUCCGAAGACAUCGCUGGCUAAACUCGUACUGUAUCCAAAACCGAAGCCUUUCAAGGUUAUGGUUCUUGGCCAAUCAGGGGUUGGGAAAUCAGCGCUCGUGGUGAGAUUCAUUACACGGAGAUUCAUCGGCGAAUACGACCCCAAUUUAGAGAAGAUCUACGCAUUCCAAACCGUUAUUGAUAACGAGAUGGUUUAUUUUGAAAUAUUAGAUUCCGCUGGAGACUCACAUGAAAGUGAAUACGCGAAUCUCGAGAGCAACAUACGAUGGGCCGAGGCGUUCAUACUGAUGUAUUCAGUCACGGACAAGUGUUCCUUCGACGAGUGCCAUCGCCUGAAAUUCCUUAUAAACUACAACAAGAGGAGACGCCGACUCGCUUCCUCUAUGAGGGACAGUGCAAUAGAGACCCCAGUUGUGAUGGUUGGCAACAAGAUCGACCAGGUCGGCGACCGCAUGGUGAGCACGGAGGAGGGUCAGAGACGAAGCAAGGAGAUCGGCUGCGUCUGCUUCCACGAGAUAUCAGUCAGAGAAAGUAUUGAUCAGGUAUGGGGUGUAUUCCGUGAUGCGCGACGGUUCUGGCGCGUCAGCAGUAAGUGGUCUCGGCGUGAUGGUGACCGCCACCCCGCGGCGCUGGGCCGGCCGCUGGCGCGCGCUGCCUCCGACACCACGCCCGAUACUAAUGCUGCACCGCCUUUUUGUCGUCGCUGGACAGAGAUGGAGCUAGACGAAGCUGACGAGGUGUGCGUGGGGCGCAGCGACUCCACCUCCUCAUCAGGCAGGUCGGAGUGCGGAGACGAGUUCAGAGCCCGCGCUAGCACAGACUCCCGCCUGCCACCGCGGCCCGCGAGACCGCGCCAUCCCCUACCGACACGACCCUUCCCCGCCCCCGUCAGAAGAAUGAGCGUCGCCAUGAGAGGGAACAAUGCCAGUACAUACUAAAAAUAAUCAACAAUGUCGUAUUACAACCAUCACAAGACAGGUUUAUAUGUGUAAAACAAGCUACGGAUUUACUCGCUUGCUUUUGGAGGAUGCGACGUGUUCGCUCGUGAAAUAACAAGAAGUAGAAACAGACCGUACUUCUGUACCGUCCAUCUUUUCCCCAAAGGAACUCUAUAAGACAUACUUAAAAAAUCGAAACACUACCAGACGUAGACCCAAAGUCAUGAGUCCAUGAAACAGCGAUAGCUAACUACAACCAAUUUACUACUAUUGGCACCUCUGGCAACUACACUUACCAACACAAUACUAGUGAAAAAUUAAUUAUAAUUAUAGAAAUUUUCAGACCACAACCGAAGACAUAAUUAAAGCAGUUACAUGUUGUAUGGUCCUAAACAUUUAAACGGUGUUAUAGAACAAAAAGAACAGUUUCAUUUCAGUGUUAAUAUUUUCCAAAAACAGCACUAUUCAAUGGCAGUAAGAUACAUUUUUGUCAUUACUGAAGUGCAGCCCACCGUAUCUAUAAAUACUCUAGUAUUAUUACGUGUACAAUUUGAUUAUAGUGCUUAUUGAUAUGUUAAACGUCUGUCUAAACGUGUAUAAUGUUAGACUGUGUCACUUAUACAAGAGCACAUCUUUUAGUUUCAUCCAGACUACGUAACAACAGACCAAAGUAAACUUUAAUUAAUUAAAUAUAUCCUGAACUAAUACAUAGUGUUUCGUGAAAGGCUGUGAAAUGAUUUAAUUUAUUACUUAGUACGACCCAUAUACAAGCCAAAAAGCUAAAGUCAACUUUUUGUUACGAUGUAUGUUUGUCGUCGGUGAAAUAAUUCCUUAGAUAACCUCCUAAUGGAUGCCGUCAGAAGACACGUGCACCAAACAUACAUACAAUGUUCCGAUAAUAAGUCGGUACCAAAACGGUAAGCCUAGCCAAGACUACUCGUAAAAAAUAAGACAACAAAAAUCUGUUUUGCUUUUGAAUAACGAACUAAAAAUUGAAUUUCUUCGAAAGUUUAUACUCUUUAUGAUAUUCUGAAUUUCGGUUAUAGUGUGACCAAAAUUCAUGACAUAUUUGUCAUCUAUACUAAUAUAUAAAGCUGAAGAGUUUGUUUGUUUGUUUGAACGCGCUAAUCUCAGGA